AUGGCCAAGUUAUCAUGUUCUUAUUUUCUUGUACUCAUGAUUGUAUUCUCAGCUUGCUUAAUGGUUGAAAGAGCUGAGGGAAAGCUAUGUGAAACUACCAUUAACAAAGAACAGACAUGUAUAUUAUCCUCUUGUAUUCAAGACUGCUAUGCGCUUUACAAUGCAGUUGCACAUUGUUUGGACGAUCCUAAAAUUCCUGGACAUGCACUUAACUGUGUUUGUAAAUAUAAUUGUUAG